GUGCCCACGGCACCGAGUCCCGGCGGCGGAGGCCCGGGCCGCCCGGCCUCUCCUGCCCGCUCCCCUAGGACCCUGCAGUGCGGCGGGCACCACUCUCUUUGUCUCCAGAACCGGCCGCCGGAGCCGCUCACACGGAUGCGAGAUCCGCACAUGACCACAGUUAUAUAUCUAUGUUUCCCUUGGGCUAAUAAACCCUGAGACAGCUGGCUGCAAAUACUGAGUGCUGGAUUCCCACUGUCAGAUGGAGACUUUGGAGGAAAAGAGCAAUCUCCUUGGUUUGCAGACAGAAAACAACAUGGAACAAUCAUUCACUGUCACCUCAUUGAAAAAGCUGGUAGCUAUUCCUGACCAUACAGACAUCUCUGUGACCCCAGAAGAGAGAGUACGUGCCUUAAGCAAACUUGGCAGCAAUAUCACAAUCAAUGAAGAUAUCACUCCGCGUCGUUACUUUAGAUCUGGAGUAGAGAUGGAGCGAAUGGCAUCAGUAUAUAUGGAGGAGGGAAACCUGGAGAAUGCUUUUGUGUUUUAUAAUAAGUUCAUAACGUUGUUCGUGGAAAAGCUGCCUAAUCACCGAGACUAUCACCAAUGUGCAAUACCAGAAAAACAAGACAUUAUUAAGAAAUUGAAGGAGGUUGCAUUUCCACGGACAGAUGAAUUGAAGAGAGAUCUUUUAAAAAAAUACAACUUAGAAUAUCAAGAAUACAUGCAAAAUCAAAACAAACGUAGAACCGAAUUUCUGAAGAAACUAGAGCAUCAAAAGCUAAUAGAGGCAGAGAAGAAACGAAUUGCACAUAUGAGGCAACAACAGCUUGAAUCAGAACAGUUUCAAUUCUUUGAGGAUCAACUUAAGAAGCAAGAACUAGCUCGAGAUCAGAAAAUCAAGGAGAACAUGGUUAUGUCUGAACAGAUAGAUGGAAGUACGCUAUCUUGUAUUUCUGUACCAGACAACAGCUCCCUGUCUACCACACUGCUUCAAAAAAAAGAGGGGAGCAGCAAAUCUGGCUGCGCUGGACAUUCACCUCCAGUAAACCGGGUCUUAAAGCCAGCAGCUACUUUAAGUGCUGUUCAGACUCAAUUGGCAGAAGCACUCAGAGGCGUCAUUUUGCCCAGGGAUCUCUGUCACAAAUUUCUGCUGUUAGCAGAGGCAAAUACAUUAAGAGGAAUAGAGACAUGUGGAAUUCUCUGUGGAAAACUGACACAUAAUGAAUUUACUAUCACCCAUGUAAUAGUGCCAAAGCAAUCUGCAGGACCAGACUACUGUGACAUGGAGAAUGUGGAAGAGUUAUUUGGUAUUCAGGAUCAGUAUGAUCUCCUCACUUUGGGUUGGAUCCAUACACAUCCAACACAAACAGCAUUCUUAUCCAGUGUUGAUCUUCAUACUCAUUGUUCUUAUCAGCUAAUGUUGCCAGAGGCCAUUGCAAUUGUUUGUUCACCAAAGCAUAAUGACACCGGCAUCUUCAGACUUACUAAUGCUGGCAUGCUAGAAGUUUCUGCUUGCAAAAAGAAAGGUUUCCAUCCACAUACAAAGGACCUUAGGUUAUUUAAUCCAUGUUCCCAUGUGGUCGGGAAGGACAUAAAGAUAAUUGUGCUGGAUCUGAGGUGAUACAGAUGGACAAUCACUAUGUUACUGUACAAAUGGCCAAAACAGAAAAAUGGAUCCCCGUUUUUCCUACAUUUUCAGAAAUGAAUUUUAUAUUUAUACAUUUUAGAUUGAAUGGUUUGAUAUUUAUUGCUCUAGCCUGUUUCAGAGUUAUUUUGUUGCUCCUUCAAGAUGGAUUUCAGUGGCAUUACCCCUGAAUCUGUAAACAAAUCUCACCUAUAAACCACAAUAAAAAUAACUUCAAACAACA